ACGCAUUAUUUGACCUUCACACAAAAAACCACUAACCUGUACCACUGACAUCCUGUUGGAUAUCUCCACCCCUAAAGAGAAACUGAUAGUGUUAAUAGACUCACAGUACUAAAGGACAACUGCAACUCCGGUGUUAGAAGCAACAACAUCUCACAGAAGAUAUGGUGGUUCCCUCACAACUUGGAAACAACAGCAACAGUUCUGGAUCUUGCCCUGGGGAAAUCCAGCAUGUGUCCCUCACCGUUCUCCUGUGCCUUGUCUAUAUCGUGGGCUUCUUCCUCAAUACUUUCAGCCUCUGGGUCUUCUGCUGCCGGCUGUCCAAUUGGACCUCUGGGACUACCCUGCAGUUCCACCUGGCUCUCAGCGACGCAAUUGCAACACCAGCCAUUCCCAUGAUUGCUGUUUACUUUGCCACAGGCAACAACUGGCUGUUUGGGAGGCUCCUGUGCCAGGUCAAGAUUGCUCUGCUUAGUCUGCAUUUCUAUGGCAGCACUGUGUUUCUCACACUCAUCAGCAUCCAUCGGUACACAGCUGUGGUGCGCUUCAACAAAAGCUCCCCUAUAAAGCGGAAGCAGUUUGUCAGGAAGCUGUGUGCGGGAGUUUGGUUUGUGCUUCUGAUCCAGGCUCUGAUCUUUGCUGUCAUGCUUCCUCCCAGUAAAGACGACAAUAACAGUCAGUGUUUCUCCAUACAUCAGCACAACCUGACAAACAUCUACUUCAUCAUAAAUUUUAUCCUGCUCAUCUUUGGGUUCCUCCUCCCGUUUCUUGUGUCUGCUGUUUGCUACACCCUUCUGGCAGGCACCUUAAGCCGCCUCAACAUCAGCACACCCCAAGGUCUAAAAGUCAAGGUGAAAUCUCAGAGAAUGGUAGGCAUGUGUCUGCUAAUAUUUGGCCUGUGUUUUCUGCCUCUGAAUGUGGUACGAACUGUGGCAGUGAUUAUCAAAAAAUACUACCCACACAAAUGCCACUUUCUCCAGCAGUGUGAGAAGGCUUACUAUGCGUCCUGGUUAUUGGCAGGAGUGAACAGUUCCCUGGAUCCACUCUUGUACUGUUUUGGUUCACAGAAGUUUCAAAAUGCAUUCCGGUCUUUAAGGGUUCGGCAGGUGGAUGGUCCGAACAGAAGCGACUCAGAAGUGACUGGAAAUCAGUAGCAUGCAGGCCAGGAUUUAGAGGUAUUGGACAGAACAGGUUUAGAUCAAGUGAGGGUGCUCAGUCCCUUAAAGUGAUAAUUCAGGUUUUCAAGUGUGGUCGUAUGAGGUUCUGACAAAGUCAGCGCUGACUGUGCUCUUUGCGCCCUUUGAAAAACAGAUUUUGUACAUUUGACAAAAGACUCAGAGAGGAGCGCUGCUUUUUUCUUGCUUAUUUUUACCACAAGCCAUGUGCUUUUCACACUUUACAUAGACAGAAGACAACAUGUCGUGUUUCUGUUUCAAAGUAAAAGCACUCUGUUUUCAGUUGCUUGAAUUCAGUAGAGGGAUGAACCAAUGAUACUGUGUCGGUAUCAGUCUGAUAUUGGUCAAAAUCCUAUUUACCACAUGCUUCACAAUGCACUCUAAAAAUGUGAAUAAAAAUCAGCAACAGCAUUUUAGCUGA